AUGAGCGUAGUAAUCGACCUCGGGGUAUACGGCGAGAACGGCUACAACACGACCAAAAGAGACACAAUCCAUGACAUCCAACCCGAGCUCAACCACACCACAAUCGGUGCUCUCGCUCGAACGGCCGAUCAAUACGAGUUCGUCCUCCACCCUGGAGAUCUCGCUUACGCAGAUCAAUGGGGCGAUCGACCCUCCAAUGCCCAUGAUGGAAAGAAUGCCUUCGAAGCAAUAUUAGAAACCUUCUACAACCAACUAUCCCCCAUCUCCCGCAGGAAACCCUACAUGGUCUCCCCCGGAAACCAUGAAGCAAACUGCCAAGAUAAAGUUCCAGCCAAGAAUUAUUCAUGCCCGGAAGGGCAAAGCAACUUCACAGACUUCAUGAACCGUUUCGGCAGGACAGUGCCCACAGCCUUCCUCUCCACUUCCCAAUCCACCGCCGCACAAUCUCAAGCCCUGAAAGCCGCAUCCCUCGCUGUACCUCCUUUUUGGUACUCCUUCGAAUACGGCAUGGCACAUAUCGUCAUGAUCAACACCGAAACCGAUUACCCAGGCGCCACAGAUGGACCAAAAUCAUUCUACAACGCGGGAAACUUCAGCGCCCCAAACCAACAACUCGCAUUCCUCGAAGCCGAUCUCGCGAGUGUAGAUCGUAGCGUAACCCCUUGGGUUAUUCUUGGAGGCCAUCGACCUUGGUACAGUAGUGUAGGAGAUAGAUGCAGGCCUUGCCAAGAAGCGUUUGAGGAGUUGAUGUACAAGUAUGGAGUUGACGUUGCAAUUUUCGGGCACGUUCACAACGCGCAGAGAUUCGAUCCUAUGUAUCGGAAUGCUACGGAUCCGAGGGGAUUGAAUGACCCCAAGGCGCCGAUGUAUUUGAUCAUGGGAGGGGCGGGAAACAUCGAACCGUUGGCUGCUCUUCCUCCGGGCGAGAACGCCACUGGAAUGGUUUUCGCGUACGCGGAUGGUUAUUCGUAUGGGAAUGUCAAAUUUCUGGAUCGGAAUCGUCUGGGAGUAGACUUCAUCAGAAGCUCAACUGGGGAAGUACUGGAUUCGAGCGAGUUGUACAAAAAUCACUCUGUGGAUUUCGUACUCCAGGAGUGA